CACCUUUAGGCUUCCUAGUCAAGCUUUCUGUAAUAGAAGGGCGAGAUUGGGCCCAGGUCGAAGAAGUUCCGUAAAAUCGAUCCUCUACUCUUAUUCUUUUCGUUAUACUCUUCUGAGUUCUGACCUAUCUCCCGCCACUUGACACUCCGUUAAACCCUAGUAAUCCCCCUCUCGUCGUUGGCGGUCGAGUUCUUUCCUCCAGCAAACAACGAUGAUGGAGGAACUUACAGCUCUGGAUCCAAUGACCUUGAAGGUCUCUGAGCUCCUAAAGGAAGUUCAUCUUCAGACGUCCUCUUCCUUCACCAAGCUCGUCGAGGACACCGUUUCAGCCAUUAGAGAAUCAAUCAACCAAAUCCCAGAGGGCUUGGAGGUGACAGCCAAGGAAGCUCGAGGCUUCGUUCGAGAUAUUGGUGCUGACAAGGCCGAAUUCAAGUUUAAGAGGCCUAGUUAUAUUGAAGUUUGCGGCAGUUAUUCAAUAAACUGCAUUGCGAGACCGGACACUGGCGUGGAUAUUCUUUUGCGGCUUCCUAAGGAGUGCUUCAAUGAGAAAGACUAUUUAAAUCACAGGUAUCAUGCCAAACGGUUCCUUUACCUAUGUGUAAUCAAGAAGUUCUUGAAGUCUUCUUCCUCGAUUUCAAAGGUUGAGUGGUCCACCUUCCAGAAUGAGGCUCGCAAACCUGUCCUUUUGGUCUAUCCAGCCAACAACAUCUCAGAAGCUCCAGAGUUCUUUGUACGGGUGAUUCCUACUGCAAAAUCUCUGUUUGAUGUCUCAAGAUUGGACUUGAGGAGGAAUAAUAUUCGGGCUCUGAAUCAAGAUGGGAGUACUCUACCUUCUCCAAGGUAUAAUACCAGCAUCUUGGAGGACAUGAGUUUAGAAGAGAACAAUGAAUUUCUCCGGAAAACUUUUGCUGGGUGGAAGGAACUGGGAGAGGCUCUGAUUUUGCUGAAGGUCUGGGCUCGACAGAGAAGUUCUGUGUACGUUCAUGACUGCUUAAAUGGGUUCCUGUUAGCUAUUAUAUUGUCGUACCUUGCAACCCACGAGAAGAUUAACAAGACUAUGAGGCCAUUGCAAAUGUUUCGUGUUACAUUGGAUUUCAUAGGCAAUUCAAAAUUGUGGGCCCGCGGGCUCUAUUUUCACAAGAAUGUUACGAUCACAAAGGAGGACAGGAUGAAAAAUAUAGAAUCAUUCCCAGUUUUCUUAUGUGAUGCACACAGUUCUACCAAUUUGACUUACCGGAUAAGCAAAAGUGCUUUCUCUGAGCUCCAAGAGGAAGCUGUCAUUACUCUUCAAUGUUUGGGGAAAUUUGGAGAUGGGGCAUUUGAGGAUAUCUUUACAACGAAUGUUGACUUUUCUUCUAAAUAUGAUCAUCACAUAAGGUUGAACUUAAAGGGAAGCAAGGAGGUCUUUUCAUCUGGAUUUUGUUUGGAUGAUGAAUGUUGGAGAUUGUACGAGAAACAGGUGCAUGAUCUUCUGAGUCAAGGUUUGGGAGAUAGGACAAAGUCUGUUCGUGUAAUUUGGAGAAACAGUUCUUCAGGAUGCAGUUUGGAAAAGGGUUUUUCCACUCUCGACAGAGAACCAUUGAUUGUAGGAAUUUCUAUGAGCACUCCGGAGAAAGCUUUCAGAGUAGUUGAUAUUGGCCCCGACGCUGAAGACAGAGAUGCGGUUCUUAAAUUCCGUAAGUUUUGGGGUGAAAAGGCAGAGCUUCGGAGGUUCCAAGAUGGCCGAAUUGCUGAAAGUACAGUCUGGGAAACAAAGGAUUGGACAAAGCAUCUCAUUCUGAAAAGAAUAGUUGAACAUGUGCUAGUUAGACAUCUUUCUCUAUCAGAAACAAAUAUUACUCAAAUUGUGGAUCAGCUUGAUUUCUCUUUGCUUCAUGGUGGCACAGAUCCAGUAUCAUUCUUUCCAAAUUUGCUUGGGACAUUUGAGGUUCUAGAAAGGCGCCUGCGCUCUAUUGAAGAUGUUCCGUUGAAGAUAUCUCACGUACAACCUUUAGACCCAGCUUUGAGAUCAACUUCUGUCUUUCCUCCUGAGCCACAUCCAUUGGCUAAUGAAAAAGGCAGCGGUGGAAAAUUAAGUAAGCUUACUUCAUCGUGCAUUCAGCCACUAGAAGUUAUGAUUCAGUUGGAAGGUUCUGGAAAUUGGCCAAAGGAUGAUGUGGCAAUUCAAAAAACCAAAUCUGCCUUCCUUCUUAAAAUUGGGGAGAGUUUGCAAAGUAACUGGGGGAUGAGAUGUGAUGCUACCGAAGAUGAGGUCGUUGUUCUUCUUUCAGGAUAUGCAUUUCGCCUGAAAAUCUUACACGAGAGAGCCCUUGCAUUGGUUAACAGUGGAAUUGCAAAUCAACGAGCGAAGCGGGUAUUUGGUGCUGACAAGAGCCUUUUUUUCGAAAGUCAGCAUGCUAGUAUGAUUAAGGGCCUAUUGAAGCCUUAUCCAGCUUAUGGGCCAGUUGUUAGGCUUGCGAAAAGGUGGGUUGCUUCGCAUCUAUUUUCAGCUAGCUUGGCAGACGAGACAGUUGAAUUGUUGGUGGCAUAUCUCUUUGUGAAGUCUUUACCCUUUAAAACACCUUGUUCCCGUAUUACUGGGUUCUUAAGGUUCUUGCGAUUACUAGCAGACUAUGACUGGGCCUUCUCUCCAAUGGUUAUUGAUAUGAAAGAUGACUUGAGCCCGAGUGAUAAGAAAGAGAUUGAAGACAACUUUAGGUUGAGUAGAAAAGGCUAUGCAGGAAACAUGCAAAAUAUAAGCCCAGCAAUGUUCUUGGCAACGUCAUAUGAUAAAGCAUCCGAAGCUUGGACUUCUUCCUCUCCAAAUUCAAUGGAGCUCAAGAGACUGAUAGCUUAUGCUCGUAGCAGUGCGAACCUGCUGACUAAACUCAUAUGCCAAGAUGAAUCUGAUUCCCUUAGAUGGGAGUGCCUUCUUCGAACCCCGUUCAACAACUAUGAUGCAGUAGUCCUCCUCCAUGGUGAUAAGUUGCCUUUCCCUCGUCACCUUCUCUUCCCAUCGCUAGUGAACCAAGGGAGGGUUGUUGCUCGUGGGAAUGCUAGUAAAUCGUUUAGCCCAUUCUUUUCAUCUGAAGAUUUGAGGGGGAGGAACUUGCAAAAGUUGAAAGACAAGCUAAUGGUCGACUUUGAUCCACUAAGACUCUAUGUUACUGAUUUAAAGAGGGAGUUCAGCACAGUGAAGCUGUGGUAUGAUGCUCUAGGGGGCGAUGCGAUUGGACUGACAUGGGACAGAUCUGGUUCCAAGAAACGGCAGCGCGAUGAACAAGAGGAUGAAGAAAAAGAUCCUGUUAGUAUAUUGAAGGGAGUUGGUGAAGCCGGGAAAGGGUUUGUGAAAAGCGUACACCUUGUCAAAGUUCCAAAGCUCACUUGAUGUGAUGAGUUGAAUCGUGAAAAUUGCAAAAACAUCUCUGGCUUCUGUUGUCCCGAAUUCACUAUCAAAGCAAAACUUAAGCGGGAGGCAUUUUUUGUCCGGUAGUGAUAGUGUAACAAGAUCUUCCAAAUGUAGAGAUAAACUGUAUUUUGAAGCUCUUUUCUCCCUCCAAUUUUCUAAUUGCAGCUUAAACAUCAUCAAUGGAUGUAUAUGUAUUGAGUUCUUGAAGUGAAAGCGGUAAACAGAAGUAAUUCCUUUUUAUUUUGAUUAAUCAAAUCGAACUGGGUAAACCUAGUUUUCAGCUUG